AUUUAUUAUUUGUGUUAAAGCUGUCAUGUUCAUAACUUUUCCAUCUUUCUGCAAAUGAUUGUACUGCUUUUGACAUGUCUGGAGCUUUGCUACAGGUGGCUGAUGGGACAAAACAUUUACCACAUUUGUGGGAUCUUUGUUCUAAUGAGAUUGUUGUUAGGUCUGCAAAGCACAUCCUCAAGGAUGUUUUGAGAGAUGUAGGGGAUCAUGAUAUUGCGCCAGCUAUAUCACAUUUCUUCAACUGCUUUUUUGGAAGUAUUCAAGCUGUUGGCUCAAAAGUUGCUGCCAAUAAUAUGCAGUCCAGAACCCACAAAAAGGACCAAGGAGGCCAUCAAUCUUCAGGAAAGCCUUCUAAGGGGCAAGGAAGGUCUAAUGGUGGGGCGUCUGCAAGGAUGAAUCAAUCGUCAUUUAUGAAUGUUAGCUCAGAAACUCUAUGGUCAGACAUACAAGAAUUUGCUAAACUCAAAUAUCAAGUCUCUACAAGGACACUGGAUAUUUCUAGAAGGUUGAAUGAGUCAUUUCUUGCAAAAAGUAUUUAA